GAGGCCCCGGCAGAAGGGAGCCCUCGGCCCGCUCCCGUCCACACGGUCCCCUGCUCCGCCGCCUCCCCCUCGCACCGCUCGGACUGUUAUGUGACUGCGAGGACCGCGGAAGGAAGGAUCCCGGGGACAAGACGGUCUCCGGUGUGAAUCCCGGGGGGCCAAGUUUCUGGCCACUUUUGCACGCGCCCUGCUUGAGCCCUCGCCCGCCCCUUCCUGCAGCCCAGCUGUCCCGGCUGCUCUUCGCCUCCUCGCGUGCCAGCAGCAGCCCCGGUCCCCGGCCACCAUGGUGACGGUGGAGGAGCUGCGGGAGAUGGACUGCAGCGUGCUCAAGAGGCUGAUGAACCGGGACGAGAGCGGCGGCGGCGCCCUGGGGCUGCCGAGCGGCGCCAAGUGCCUGCUGCUGGACUGCAGGCCGUUCCUGGCGCACAGCGCGGGCGCCAUCCGCGGCUCGGUCAACGUGCGCUGCAACACCAUCGUGCGCCGGCGGGCCAAGGGCGCCGUGAGCCUGGAGCAGAUCCUGCCCGCCGAGGACGAGGUGCGCUCCCGCCUGCGCUCCGGCCUCUACUCGGCCGUCAUCGUCUACGACGAGCGCAGCCCGCGCGCCGACAGCCUCCGCGAGGACAGCACCGUGUCGCUGGUGGUGCAGGCGCUGCGCCGCACCGCCGAGCGCACCGACAUCUGCCUGCUGAAAGGUGGCUAUGAGAGGUUUUCCUCCGAGUAUCCAGAAUUCUGUUCCAAAACCAAGGCGCUGGCAGCCAUCCCGCCCGCAGUGCCCCCCAGCACGGCCGAGGCCUUGGACCUGGGCUGCAGCUCCUGCGGAACCCCACUGCACGACCAGGGGGGCCCGGUGGAGAUCCUCCCCUUCCUCUACCUCGGCAGUGCCUACCACGCCGCCCGGAGGGACAUGCUGGAUGCCCUGGGCAUCACGGCCCUGCUGAACGUGUCCUCUGACUGCCCGAACCACUUCGAGGGGCUCUACCAGUACAAGUGCAUCCCCGUGGAGGACAACCACAAGGCCGACAUCAGCUCCUGGUUCAUGGAGGCCAUCGAGUACAUCGACGCGGUGAAGGAGUGCCGCGGGCGCGUGCUGGUGCACUGCCAGGCGGGCAUCUCGCGCUCGGCCACCAUCUGCCUGGCCUACCUGAUGAUGAAGAAGCGCGUGCGGCUGGAGGAGGCCUUCGAGUUCGUCAAGCAGCGGCGCAGCAUCAUCUCGCCCAACUUCAGCUUCAUGGGGCAGCUGCUGCAGUUCGAGUCGCAGGUGCUGGCCACGUCCUGCGCCGCCGAGGCCGCCAGCCCGUCGGGGCCGCGGUGCGAGCGCGGCCCGGCCGCCGGCACGCCCAGCUCGCAGUUCGUCUUCAGCUUCCCGGUGUCGGUGGGCGUGCACGCGGCCCCCAGCAGCCUGCCCUACCUGCACAGCCCCAUCACCACCUCCCCCAGCUGCUAGGGGCGCGGGGGACCCCCACCCCGGGGGCCUCCAACGACAGUUGGAACUGACCGACCGGGGGACAGGCCACCAGGUUCCUUCCAUCACGUCUUCUCCCCGGCCCACCAGCGGCCGCCAGAAUGGCAAUAAGGACUCUGCACACCUGCGAACAGCCAGCACACGGAGCCCCCCAACUUCCAGCAAUAACGCUGCCUCGCGGGCGGGGAAGGCCUCGGCCUGGUGUGUGUGUGUGUGUGUCCGUGUGACCUUGUAGACGGGAAUUUCUUACCUCAUUUUUUUUAAAGCAGUAAGGCUUGAAGUUAGGAAAUCCACAGGCCCUGGCAAAUUUUAUUCAAGGGAGGGGGGCGAGGGACAAGGAGAAAACAAGUUUGCCCGAAGUGCCUGGUUCUGUGUUGUUGUUGAGGUUACAGGGAUUCUUUUUUUCCUAAAGGAACCUUCGAGGACAUGGUUUUCCCUUCUAAGUCACAACCAGGUGAAUGAUGAUGCUCCAUAAUAAAAGUAUUUAUUAAGAA